AUGAAGGUUGAGAGACGAUUACGAGGGUCACUGCGACCAGCCUUAAAAGAGAGUCUGAGUGUAGAAGGCGUGGAUAGUUGUCCGGCUGUUACACAAAAUGCCGCCUGGACGACAGACAUCGACUUCAUGUUUUCUCCGGAAAGGGCCCACAUGAGUGACGUCCGGGCAAGCUUCAACGAAUCAAUGGUCUUCAACGAAACUUACCACGUGCCAGCAUCAAGAACGUCAUCAACUGGAUUACCCAAUGGAUAUUCGGUGUCUAUCGCCUUUGUGAAUUUUAGUGCCGCUCUUUUAGCGUUGACUGUUAGAUAUGCCGCAGUUUUCUGGUACACUAAUAAAACAUUAACGUCCGUUUUCGCGCUACAACUUCUAACUAUGACCUUGACUUCCAUAUUUGACCUUUGUGGAUUUUCCGUGUUAUAUAAAGUAUGUUAUAAUAACCCGUUAUAUCAUAAUAUCACACUGUCUUUGAGUUGUAGUGCCAUAGUGACUUUAUAUCUAAUCGGAGGGUUUGUCGUUCUUGUGUCUACCGUGACCGUCUUUGAAUACGGUUCAAUGUACUUUCACCAAAAAUUUAAAAUCGUGGACCGGAAGCACAAUCCUGAAUCUUACGUGAAACAAACAGUUAUCGUCCAUAGCGGUUGUCGUGGUUAUAUCCCUCACACAUGCGCAACUGUCUGUUUAGUCUGUAUGGCUAUUUGUAAAGGACCUGUAGUUUUUGAUUUAGUGACUGUAUAUAGGUUAUCCAGUGACAGUUUAGUUUUGACGUGUGUUAUUGUGGAUGUGUGUUAUAUGUUAUUCUGGAUUAUGGUGUGGUGUGGUUUAACCGUCAAACAACAGUGGAAGUUUAAAAUUCUAGAUUAUGUGCCUUUAAAGAAACCAGUCUUUAUGAUCGGAAGUCGAGAAAGCAUCGUAAAAAAUCCUACUUUCGAUUCAAAACGUCUGGAAAUGGAUAUGUUGAACGUUCCGCGAAGUAGGUCACCACUUCCAACUUAUGAUGGAAUUUUGAUAGAAACCCACGAGCCUUGUCCGUCAGAGGAUGACAUCACCACUGAAAAUUCUGAAAAUCCAAAUUUUAAUGAAACAUUUUCGACUGAUUUGGAUUCUAUGCCAUCAGGUGGAGCUCGCAGAAAAACAUCGCGAAAAAAUGGCGCGCGCGUAACAUUUCAAGACACACGAAAUAAUAGUUUAUCCGUGGAUGAUAGGCGUGCACGUUCUCGGAGUCGCACCCCUGUCAUUGUGGAACCGAAUCAUGUGAAUGUUCAGGUUGAUGUACACACUCCAAAUAACGUACAGAACAAAAACACGGACGACAUAGAACAAUUGAAUCCAACGAACGUGCUAUUACGUCAGAAUUCCGGAUCGACACCCGUACCACGUGACUUUCGGAACAGCCUUGGACUUCGUGAGAAUAACCUGAAUAACACGUCAGCUUGUAGUGAUGAAGCGAGUUUUAGUACAAUAUCGGAUCAACUACCAACUUUAAUGUCUUCAUUUCGAGAUAAAGUAAGAGAAUCGUCAAAAGCAGCGAAUAAUUAUAAAGAAAAACGAAACAUCCUGGAAAGCUCAGGAUCUUUCGGAAAUGAUGCUACAAAGCCAAAUAUUGACUCCUUAAAGCGUCGUAGCAAAGGAAUAGAUCGCCAGAGCGAUGACUCUUAUUUAAAAGUAAAUUUAGAAAACUUAGAUUUGAAAAAUCAUAUAUGUGACUCGCCGUUACGUGCCGGUGUGACGGACGGACCUAUGAGACAAAACAGUAGUUCAGGAUUUAGUGACGAUAGCAAGUGUAGUUCCUUUAAAUCUCCAACAGACUUAUCUCCCUCUUCAAACUCUUCAAUAAACGGUGGAUUAAGUCCAGAAACUGUUCCUACCGGAAGCAAUAAACUGACUAAUGGUAGACUCGAUUAUCAAACCGAUAAAGACUAUUUAUUUCCCAGACCCGUCCAUUUAAUAAAUAAAAAACCAGAAAUAGGCAGACGUGAUUCUGCAAACUAUUCUCUGACGUCAUCCCAAGAUACAUCAUCCAACGAAUCCGAUCAUGGACAAGGUGGAUUAUGCAGCCAAAAACAGAACGGAAUUCUGAAAACCACUCCUACAACAUCAAUUACCACUCCGAUUUCAUCUCCGACUAUUCUUUCUACAUGAAGUUGAAAGGUAUCAUAACAGAGAAGACAAGUUAAGACAUGAAGGUUGAAAUCGAAAGUUUCAAUGGGAGAACGUGUUUUUAUAGUUUUUAUAUUUCUGUAAACCGUUUGAAUGUUUGAACCACAAAUUGAAACCGUGUUUUUAUCAGACUGUUGGAUUAGUUAUAAGUGUGGUGAAUGAUUGAAGUGAGGAUAUAUCAUUUGGAUUGUUUGUUUUAUUAAAAUAGUGCACUGUGGACAUUUUCUUUGGUAUUUUUACAACUUGUGCAAUCUACUGGAACUUUUGAAUUUUUAUUGAUUGAAAAAGGUUGUCGAGAACGUAACCAUUAUAACAAUAGAAUUGGCCUAUUGUAACUGUUAUAAGGGCGUUUAAGAACUUACUAAUACUUCAAAUAUAGGGCUUCAUAAUCUGAUGCUGGACUGUUUUCCAUCGAGACUUUCCCACAGGUCUUCUAGCGCACACCUUACAAUUCAUUUUAUUCCUAUCUAGAAGUGUUCUAGGUUUGCUACUCGAUGUUUCGUUAACUUUUAUCGUGUCUUCUACUUUGACUAAUCCGGAGUUGAAUGCUUUCUCAAGCCAUGUCGAAUGGUUCAGAAUCCCUACAGCAAUCUAAAUACAAAUUAAAAGCAGGUUGUACAAUUGCUUUCAUAUCCUUAACCUAACAAUUUGUCCAUAAACGAGAGUAUAAAUAUAUUCUAAAUAAUUUAUUAAUUAUAUUGUGUCUAAUGUUUGUUUAUUUCAUUUUGUUUGUUUGUUUGUUUUUUAUUUCAUGGCAAAAGAUUGACUGGUGCUUUAUUUAAAAGAUUGAAAAUUAAACUAUUAAGACAUAACUGUCUCUCAAUC